AUGUCGCGACCCGGCCCUCCCCAGGAACCAGUCGGAAACAGUUUGAUAGAUGACGCUAAGGCCCGCUUAAAGAAGCAUGACUUUGGGACCGAAUAUUCUCAUUAUUCAUCUAACAGAUGUUCGAUCCUUCUACCAUUGUUGGCUAAAGAUGGGAAACUUUACCUGUUGUUCACCCUCCGGUCAGAGAAGCUGAGAAGGUCACCUGGAGAGGUCUGCUUUCCCGGAGGUAAGUGUGAACCUGCGGACAAGGACGACGUGGCCACGGCUCUCCGGGAAGCCCAGGAGGAAGUAGGGCUACAUCCUCAUCAAGUGGAGGUGGUCUGCUGCCUGAUGCCACUGCUGUUUGAUAAGGAUAUGUGGAUAACGCCAGUUGUAGGAUUUAUAGACCCCAACUUUGAGGCCAGACCUAACCCGGAUGAAGUUACGAACGUGUUCCUGGUGCCUCUGGAGUACUUCCUGCAUCCCCGUGUUUACCAUCAGCGUCACCUGACACGCUGGGGUUGUCACAUGAUUGAUCACAGCUUUGAGUACACGGACCCUGAGGAUGGCGCAACGUACCACAUCCGGGGACUGACCGCAAGAUGUGCCGUGUUUACCGCCUUAGUGAUUUUGGGGAAGAAACCCUCCUUUGAGGUUGACUUUAAUCUCAAAGAUUUGAUACCACCCUCUGAAGAGUCCUUCCUGAAGCCUCAGAAACAUGCUGUGAGCAAGUUAUGA